AUGUCGAUGUCAUUCCGGUGCGCCCGCCCCGAGGCCUUGUUCCAGAAGGUGUUCGGCGACCUGACGGUGCGUGACGCCGCAAUGCCGCUGCUGAUCCCGUGCUACGACAUGGCGAGUGCAGUGCCGUUCGUGUUCUCUCGCGCCGACGCCGUGGAGGCCGACGCGUUCGACUUCCUGCUAUGGGGUGGAGCGUCCGCUGCUGUGGCCAACCCGACGGCCGUGGCGCUCACGCACGUGCUCCACAACAAGCGCGAGUUCCCUUUCACUACCGGCAUGGCCGACCUCGUGGUGCUGUCCCUCGGCGGGAGCGCACCGGGCGCCGCCUCCUCGCUGGGUCGCCCCUCGUCCUCCAGCCUCCUGCGCAUCGCCGGAGCCUGCCAGGCCGACAUGGUUGACCAGGCCGUGUCGAUGGCGUUCGAGGAGAGGAGAGCGACCAACUACGUUCGCAUCUAG